AUGGCAUGGAUGCGACGGUUAGGUUGUUCACACGCUGUACAAGGUCCAAUAACCGUCGAUGCUAACAUGAAACCACAAUUCGAUGAACGGUAUAUCAAGUAUGACUGGAAGGAAGCUGUCAUCAGUGCCAGAGGGUGAGUUCUUUUAAUUGGACGGGACAUGGUAGGGUAAGGCCGUAUAAGGUACUAUUAGUUUUUAAGGUAGAGAAGGGUAGGACGGGCUGAAGUGGGUAGGGUAUGCAAUGGUAGGGCGUGGAUAGGGUAGGGAAUGGUAGGUUAGAGCAUGUUAGGGUAGGAUAGGGUAGGGCAGGGCAGGGCAGGGUAGGGUAAAGUAGGGUAGGUUAAGGUGGGGGUAGGGUAGGAUAGAGUAAGCUAGGGUAGGGUAUUUUAGAGUAGGGUAAGGAAGGGUAUUGUAAAGUAGGUUAAAGUAGGGUAGGGCUGUUGAUAACCUUUAUAUUACCAUCAAUAUUUUCAGCCUGAACUCUCGUUCCAUAUCACUAAAGAUCCUCUUAUACCUGCAAUUUACUCAUCCAGAAACCCUUCAUACUGUAACACAACAAAGCCUACGUCAAUUCAGAAUGGAAUUGGAUGGAAAUUUUAUUUUCGAUGGUUUUUUAAUUGAAAUUUCGGAAAAUGUGGCCAACGAUGAAUUUUUGUUGUUUUUGCAAAAGCUUCGGGACUAUUUUAGUGAUACUCAAGUGGACGUUGAAGUGACUUCUAAAACCAUUUUUGAGAGUUCAGAAUGGCUGCUGAAGGCUUCUGUGGUGGUGGAUUCGUUCUAUAUCAAUUGUAAGUGAGGUUGUUGGCCAAAAAUUUAAUUUUUGAAUUUUAAAAUUGACAAAAAUGAUUUUUUCGCUUAGAAACUUUUAAAUAUUUAAAUCUUUAAUUUAAAAAAAUUUGUGAAAAUUUUCAGUAGACAAAGGAAUUCACCCUAAAAACGACACACUUUUCGACGAAUACCGACUGCUCGACCCACUAUUGCCAGACGACACUAUACCACUAGAAGAUACGAUAAAAGGAGUAGUAGAACAAAUGGCCAACAUAUCAGAACCAAGCAGACUAAUCAUGUCAUUCUCUACAAUAACACGCGGAGUAAUCGCUAACAAUGAGACUAAUUUCGACCGUGGCAAAGACUUUUUGACCGAAACAAACUCAACCUUAAAAGUUUACGAAGAACCGACCGGUCGAUUUUCACUUCAAGAAAUUUGUGAACCAGCCCUAUUGGUGCCAGUGUCCACAGACAAUGUUACAGUAUCCAAUUACUUUUUGGACAGAAAUCAGAAUUGGUUUUCGCUAAAUGCGCCCUACAAUAAAGCCACUUUGACCAAAAUCAAAUGGCUAAGUCAGGUUGGAGUGGCUGGAUUGGCAUUGUCCGAGUUUUCGGCCGAUGACCCGGAUAAUGAAUGUCGUUAUGGUCGAUUUCCAUUGCAUAGGUUUGUGUCAAGCAAUUUUGAUUGUAAAAUACCAGCAGCUGGAAGGCCACAAGCCAGAAGGAAUCUGUGUGGACAGUUCAUACCUAUAUUGUAG